GCGUGAUGACGUCUGCAACAGUCUCUGACGUACUCCAUAAUGGCGGAACCCUUGUUACAAUGGGGGCUGUCGUGGAUCACUUGUUAGACAACUUCUGGUGAAUAGCUGCGGAUUAUUGUCACAGCUGUUUGUUUCGGGUGGUUUACUCUGACGGCUUCAUGUUAAAGUCCAGUGCAGCGGGUCCAUCCACCGUUGCCUCUCCUCAGCCAAUGAAGGAAUUCAAAGAGAACUUUUCAGGCCAAGUGAUUCUGGACCACAUCAAGCCAUGCUGGUACUGGGACAAGAAGGACUUAGCCCACACCCCCUCUCAGUCUGAAGGCCUGGACCCUGGCACAGAGGCCCGCUACCGGAGAGAAGGAGCCCGCUUCAUCUUUGACGUGGGGACCAGACUUGGCCUACACUAUGACACACUGGCCACUGGCAUCAUAUAUUUCCACCGCUUCUACAUGUUUCACUCCUUCAAGCAGUUCCCCAGAUAUGUGACCGGUGCUUGCUGUCUGUUCCUGGCGGGGAAAGUGGAGGAAACUCCAAAGAAGUGUAAAGACAUCAUCAAAACAGCCCGCAGCUUACUGAAUGAUGUGCAGUUUGCCCAGUUUGGAGACGAUCCGAAGGAAGAGGUGAUGGUGUUGGAAAGAAUUUUGCUCCAGACCAUCAAAUUUGACCUGCAGGUGGAGCACCCGUACAUGUUCCUGCUGCGCUACGUCAAGCAACUCAAAGGUGAGAAGAACAAAGUGUGCAAGGUGCUACAAAUGGCAUGGACCUUUGUCAAUGACAGCCUGUGCACCAUGCUGUCUCUGCAGUGGGAACCAGAGAUCAUUGCUGUAGCCGUCAUGUACCUGGCCGGCCGCCUCUGUAAGUUUGACAUUCAGGAGUGGACUGCCAAGCAGUCGUCACGCCGCUGGUGGGAGCAGUUUGUGCAGGACGUCCCAGUUGAGCUGCUUGAAGACAUCUGCCACCAGAUCCUGGACCUGUACUCUCAGGGAAACAAGCCCAUCCCUCAGCAGAUACAGGAGAAGGAAAGGGCCGCAGCUCCUCAAGUCCCAAUUCCUCCAAUCCCACAGGGACUACCACCAGCCCCCAACCCUCCCCCCCCCCCACCAAAGAAGACUUCCCCUCAGGGAGGCAGCCCUGUACGCCAGUCCAAACGCUCACAUACAUCCCCCAAAGAUGAACCAAAGGCUCCAGGACAAGUUGGAUCAAAGAUUCCCAGACUGGAGAGCCCCAUGCCCCCUCUGCCUACAUCGCAGCCUCCCCCAGAGCGCAAAGCCCCAGCUCCAGCCCCCCCCACGGAAGCGGAACCAUUAAAUGAAACUGCUCCUCCUCCACCGCAUGCUCCGCCUCCACAUAAGCCCCCUCCCCUACCCCAUCGCCCUCCUCCACCUCCGCCCUCCAACUACAUCAUGUCCACCACCAGCUCCUACAUGUCCGGAGAAGGCUACCAGAGCCUGCAGUCACUGAUGAAGACAGAAGGUCCCUCCUACGCCCCGAUGCCGCCCAGCUAUGCACCUCCAAUACCGCCAUAUCACCCCCACGUUUAUCCCCCGCCUGCCGCACCCCCUCCAGGCCCGCCGCCUCCUCCUUCUACCUACCCACCACCCAACUUGGCGCCAACGUAUCCGCCACCAGGCUACAACAGCUACCCUCCACCACCACCUCCACGCAUGCCGCCAGGCCACGUACCCCCUCCAGUUAUCGGACUCCCGCCUGCUGGGUACCCCCCACCCCCCGGUCCCCCAGGACAGUCGCAGGUGCCCCUGCCCCCUCCGCCUGGCAUGCCUAUGAACCAUGGUGGGUGGAUGAGAUGAGAGUGAAACAGUCCAUGAACUGUGUCCUUACAGACUCGUCGAGCUUGUUGUUGGGCUUGUAUUAAUAGAGGGACGGAUUGUUCUCUUCCAGUAUGACUUUUGUUGAGGAGGGGCUUAAUGAAGGCUUACCAAGAAGUAGACUUGAAAAGGGAUGUCUGGACAGGAUUGUUAUGAGAACCUGAGCUGACAGACGGCAGUCUCCAUGGCUCACUGUGUACAGGAUGGUACUUCAUGUAGUUCCAGGAUCUUGUAACAAACGCUGUCCACUUUGUUAUUUUUCUGGAAAUGUAACCACAAAUGUCAGCAUCCUAAAUUUAGUUUUGUGACACAUUCUCCUUAGUUGUGAGGUAAUGAAAUGUGUUCUGUUUUUGCUUGACCUGUUGGAUAGAUCAGAGGUUGACUCCUAUUUCUUUCUGGGUAUGAACACCCUCAUCAUGUCUUGUCCUGCAUUUCCAAUCAUCCCCGUGUCUUUUUCCACAUUCCCACACGGAGUACUCUUCAUGAAUAUACUGUGUAUUCAUGCUGUAUAUCCUGUAUACAAUAGUCAACACUGGACAGUCGAAGGCAUAUUUGUACAUCUCUCUUCAUUUAGGCAUUUCUUCUUUCUAUCCAUAUGUGCCUUACUCGGGCUUCUCUGUAUCCAGCUUUGGUUUGGUGCCUGAGUGGCACUUAGUAAAAUAAAGACCUGCCUUUCCUA